GACAUGCUUCAUGACUUCAAGCAGGAGUUCAUUGAGUUUCUCUCUAGAAACCCUCAAAUCGUUACGAAUUCCACCUUCAUUCCGAACAAGAGCAAGACGUUGGUUGUGCUAUCACCUUUAUCUACUAAACACUCGUUUGGCAGACACUGGGUGACGAAGACGUACCUGUCAACCAUUGUGGAGCGACCACAGAGGCUACUCGCAUCGUCUAUGGGGAUAGCUGCAGCGAUCUCUAUGUACCCUGCACAUUACACGCUAAUGUCGUCGACAAAGAGGUCUCCCUUGACGAGUCCACAUGUGCUGAAGAUCCAUGGAAAGAACUGGCCUGGUGACAUCGAAAAGAUCUGCGUCGAGAGUGAAGAAAAGUUGAAGAAAGGUGAAGUUGAAGUUCCAGAUGGCUGGAAUAGCGGUGACAUCUACUUGACAAAGACCUCGCUGGAUGCUUUGACAGGUGUUAUUGGUGCAGUGGAAACCGCUAUAGAUUCGAUCUUUAAAGAUGACGAUGAAACCCCCAGAAGGGCGUUUGUCGCUAUUAGACCUCCAGGACACCAUAGCCACCCAUGUGUGCCUUCUGGGUUUUGUCUGAUAAACAACGCGCACAUUGCCAUUGAGUACGCAGCAAUGACACAAGGUGUUACGCAUGCUGUUAUUCUGGACUUUGAUUUACACCAUGGUGAUGGUUCUCAGGAUAUCUGCUGGCAAAAGGCGGGUUUUGAGCCUGAUUUUGGUGAAAUUUCUGCUGGCUACGAAGACGGAGAUGACGACCCAGAUGAACAUACUAAAAAAGAUGCCAAUACACCUAAAGUUGGAUAUUUCUCGCUUCAUGACAUCAACUCUUUCCCCACAGAGUUGGGAUAUGCCAUACCAACAAAUAUCAAGAACGCGUCGACAUGUAUCAUGGCUCAUGAUUUGAACAUCUGGAAUGUCCACUUACAACCUUAUACCACUGAAGAAGAUUUUUACAAGCUAUACCAAACGAAAUAUAGCAUCUUGUUACAAAAGGCUGAUGAAUACCUUACAAAUGCGAGAAGGGAACAUGAGGACUUGAUACGACAAAAUGAGAAGAUAAAGAGUCCGAGACAUCAGAUCCCACCGUUCAAGGCAUUUGUCGUCAUCAGUGCUGGGUUCGAUGCCUCCGAAUACGAAGUUCAAACGAUGCAACGACACGGUGUCCACGUUCCAACGUCUUUCUAUUCGAAAUUCACAUCUGAUGCUGUAAAAUUGGCUAAUAAACAGUGCAACGGAACUGUACUGUCAUUGCUAGAAGGUGGUUAUUCAGACGGUGCGCUAACAUCUGGUGUGUUUUCACAUCUAGUUGGAUUCCAGCGACAGAGUUGGGAAUCAGGCUGGGGCCAUUCGGACGUUAUAAAAGAGCUGAUCAAAGGAUGUCGUCCCAAUUGGAAGCCUUUGAAGAACCCUUCCAAUGAGGUGAAGAAUUGGGCAAAUCAGGUUUGUAAAUUAGGGCGGGUUAUGGUU